CCAUGACUUUUGACCACCACCUACGUAUGCAGCACACGUCCUGCUCCUGCCAUGACUAGAUCGACGGUCACAUGGGUGCCUAACACUUCGCCGUAUAAAUAUGCUGGCUCGGCCUCAUCAUCUCCCCGCAGCGCCAACGCAAGAAACCAGCGCUCGCCGCAGCUCCAGGUCUCCAAGUUCCACGCGAUCGACCAGUCUGACCUAUAUAUUCAUCGCCAUGGCACGGAGGAAGAAGAACGGCGGCGAGUCGUCGGCGUCGCCCGGUGCCUCGCCGUGCUACGACGACGAGCGCGAGAAGGUCCCGAGAGGGCACGUCCCGAUGGUCACCGGCUGCGGCGAGCGCAUGGUGGUGCCCGUGAGGCUGCUCCGGGACCCAUGCAUCGCGGAGCUGCUUGACAUGGCGGCGGAGCAGUACGGGUACGGCCAGCCGGGGGUGCUGCGGAUCCCAUGCGACGCCGGACACUUCCGCCGGGUCGUCGACAGAGCGCUCCGCAGAGCCGACUAGGCGCCGUCAGGCGUCACACGUGAAUAGACAAUAGAGCAUGUGUGAAUACAUAUACAGAUGCAGGGCCGAUAUGUAGAAGACUAUAGUUGCAUAUACGAAGUCUGUUCAUUCAUUCACCAGUUCUUUUGUACAUGAAAAUAUACGAAGAACAUGACAAAUGCAUGACAAAUUUGAAGCGCUCAACCCACCUUGUUAUGACCAGUAUACAUUAUAACUGGAGAAGGCCCAAGGGCGCAGCCACUUAAGAGGCCUGUCCCAAUUUAUCUUAUAGUUAUUAAGAGCUUAGCUCAGUUUAUCAUAUUUGUUAGCGCUAGAAAGAUUAUAUAUAUUCAUGUAAGGACUCGGUUUU